AUGGAUGUUGAUGUUGCUAACUCUUCCGCUUUCCAAGGCUCGCCGUUUGACCAAGACUGGAAUAUCACGUCUGGCGGUCAAGAUGGAGCACUGGGGCCGAUUCAAGAAUUCAACGCGAACUUCGACCCGAGCAACGGAGGCAGCAUCGACCCACAUCUGACAUUGAGCAACCCUGCCACGCCUAACAACGACUUCAACUCCUCCUACAACGGCCAGAUGGGCGGGCUUGACCAAACGCUGGGGCCGGCAGCAUCUCCAUACGAUUCUUUUCAACCACAUUUCGAUGGCAUGACUCCAUACUACCAAUCCGUCGAAGCCAACCCAAAUCCGAUCUACCAAACCUCAUCUUCACGAUUCAAUCAUCGCCGCUCCGUCUCCGAGCCGCCAGGCGGACCAGCAAUGCCACCACCACCUCCGCCAAUGAUCCUCCACCGCGACAACCACUGCCUUGGUCAUCCUAUGGCGAACAAGGCUGUCCAACUCAAGAGCGUGCCGAGAGGAAGCAAGCAACAGCGCCCACAUCCAUACUCUCGAAGAAUGCGAGACCCGCACCGACCAGACAUGAGACGCGCGCAAACCCAGCCGGUUCGCGCAGGUCCCACGAGCACGCCAUACCUCAUGCCGCCGCAUUUCAUGCCACAGAAUAUGAUGCAAGAGCCGCACAACAUCACCUCGCGUGUCUGCACGCCGACGCCAGAAGGUGGUCCUAUGUCGCCACUGAAUAUCGACCUUGCGUUGAGUGGUGUGCCUUCGCCGAUGCAGACGCCGCCAAUGAGGAGUGACCCCAGGAGGACGUUGUUGAUUCCGCUGACCGUGGAUGAGUUGCGGGCGAUGGUCUAUGAGGCGGUGCAGAAAGCUGUUGGGAGUAUUGAGGCGAAAAAGGAGGAGGCCGGCGGGGUGGUUGAGGAUGAUGUCGAUGGAGAGGAGUCGAGUGAGGUCAAGAAGGUUGACAACGAGGGCGGAGAGGAUGCUGGAGGGUUGGAUCUGUAA